AACGGAGCCAUCGAACGGUGAAGGUGUACGCGCACAUUAAGAUUCUCCCCCACAAACCAACUAAGAAAAAAAAGUGAAGAACGAAACAAACAAGAAAACCAAAACAAAACCAGCGAAAACGAAAACGAAAACAACCGUUUAUUUCUUUUUGUUUUGUGUGUUUUUCGAGAGAGAGAGCUAGAGAUUUUCCGAUUUUCGAGAUCGAAAGAGAGAGCCGAAAAAAGUGAUCGAGACUUCGAAAUGGCGUUCAUGAUGCCCGUGAUGAAGAACAAUUACGAUAUUUACAAGGACACGCGUUCCCGCAAAACGUCGGAAUGUUCGAAUGCGAGUAGUAACGGUACAACGACAUUGGCCACCGCUCUUGGAACGCCCGCCCAGGGACAACAACAGCAACAGCAGAGCCAGCGGCGUCGCAAGGUGUCCGAAUGCAAGUCGGAGAGUUUCGCCACCUCACCGUCACACGGGCAACUGGGCGUUGCGUCCGCCACCCACCAGAGGAUGCAAAUGCAGCGCUGCCACAGUUCGCGGGCCUUUCCGCGCAACGCGUCGCGCAGCUCGCACGGCGGCUCCAUGCAACAAAUUGUGUCGCCCACGCGCAGUAGUCCGCCCAGCCGCUCGCAUACCGCUUCGGCCCUGGAAAGGCAGGCGGCCGCCCAGGCGGCGGCCAUUAAUCAGAAGCAGCAGCAACAGGGAACUGGAAAUGGUGAAACUUCCAAUGACUAUACGAAAUUCCAUCUCCGUUUGGUCGACAAGCUGCGCAAGUCCUUUCGCAAGGAUAGCGGUAAACGGUCAUGAGAUCAUCACAAACACAAUCAAAAUCAAAGUCAAAAUCACAAUAGCAGCAACAGCAACAGCAAAAGCAACAACAACUUCGACAACAACAAUGCCAGCAGCAGCAGCAUGGCGCUCCUUUCCAUUAGCAACAACAACAAUAGUGAAAGAGAAAGAGACGAGGCUAGCGGGGAUCUAUCCUCGAUUUCCAGAGGAAGAUCACCUGGCCGCCAUGCGGGUGAGAGCAGUGCAGCUACUGAGGAGGAAGAGAGCAAAGAGCAGCCACAGAGAGCUACUUCCUGGAAGAAAGGAGCGCGACCACCGACUUCCAUGAGUGAGAGCAGGGAAGAGAGAGGCAGAGAGAGAGGCAUGGUCAAUCGGUUGGGGCGACGCUUCCGGCGCUACUGUAAAUUCCUGGCCGCCUCUCACGGAGCAGCGACGUCGGCGUCGCCGGAGGACGAGGCAGAGGGAGAGGAGAUGAGCUCCAUGGAGCAACUGACCGGCAGCAGGAGCAGCAGUCGCAGUCGCGGCCGGCGUCGGCGCAGCAGCAGCAUUGGAAGCGCCAGCAGCCGGCUAAAGAUGCGACUGCGGCGAUGCACUUCGUCACCAGGAUGAGAAAGAGAUGGCCAGCUAUAAACUUGGUCGGUGCGAGAGAGAUAGCAGACUAGACAGGAAGUGAGGGGAGUUACACAGAGCGAGAGAGAGAGAGAGUGCAGCGGCGUAGCCAAAAGGGGGGUCACAAAAAGUCACUUAACCUAGUUAUUGGCGGGAAACAGAAAAGUUGACAAGUUGUUGGUGCAAAUUUGUUUGAGCAUAUUUCACAUUAUCUAUAAAAAUUUCGGUGUACAUAUGCAAACUAUUUAACUAUAUGUAUAAAAAAAAAUACCUACAUAAAAAUGUCCCAAAUGUAUGAUUACAUUAAUUAUAUGUAUAUUAUGUAUGCCAGGCUUCCAAAUAUAGAAAAUAGAACAUAGAACCUGUCCCAAAAACAACCAAAACCCUCUCCAAAAAUAAAUAACCUUUCUUAUUUUGUAACUGCGGUUUCGCGACAAGAGGAAAACAGAAAUUGCAACUGCCAAUUGCAUUGUAUAACGAAGACCACAUCAGCAACAACAACCCAAAAACAAAGAAAAAACAAGACAAAACACUUGACAAAAUAACAAACUAACUAGAAAAAGUACCACGGAUUUUUACCCCUUCAUUUUGUAAUUGCAUAAAAACGAAACGCAAUUGACAAUAUACGUUUAAAAGCAUUGUGAACAAAAUAAAAACACAAAACUAAAAAUAAAAAAUAAAAAUGCGAAAAAACGAA